CAAUAAAUCGGAUAUGAUCGGGUUGAUUCUGCUGUGUUUGGUGUUUGGGGUCACAGUAGGGGAGGAACUUAAGGCUGUUCAGCCAGGAAGAGAACCCCCUGUAUAUGAUUUCAACACUCGUGUUGUCGGGGGCAGUAAUGCGAACAUUGCUGACUGGCCGUGGCAAGCCUCACUUCGUUACAAUGGAGGACACACAUGCGGCGCCAUCAUCAUCAGCCCGAAUUACCUCCUCACUGCUGCUCACUGUGUCAACGGAAGAAUCUACUCUCUCUUUGAUAUUGAGGUAGGAUCUUCCAACAGAGGAGGUGGUACCGUAUACAAACUGAGCUCAAUUACUGAGCACUCCGGUUACAGUGGCAGUUCGGCAGGCUUCCCUAAUGAUAUAGCAAUUCUCCGGGUCCAGGGUAACCUAGUGUUCUCGGACACGGUGCAGGCAGCUAAGCUGCCAUCAGAUAGAUACUACAACCACAACUCACACGAGUGUUACAUCACUGGCUGGGGCAAAAUCAGAGGAAACCAGAAUUCUCUACCCACAACUCUACAGGAGGCUAUGAUUCCCGCCAUCUCUAACUCGGAGUGUGCCACCAGAAUGUCCGGAAUAAAUGGGGCUGCUAUAUACGAUCAACACACCUGUAACUUUGACGCAUACGCCAGCACAAAUGCAUGCCAGGGAGAUUCUGGUGGACCCAUGGCCUGUAGAGCAUCCUCUAGUGAUGACUUUGUUGCAGUUGGCAUUGCAUCCUGGGUAAUCACAGGAUGUUCCGGGUCUUAUCCCUCGGUGUACGUCAGAAUCGCCUACUACCUGGACUGGCUGAUCAGCAAUGGAGUCCCUUUGUAAACUUUUGAUGGAGGUCACAUAAAGAAUUCUAAAAAUAUUAA